AAAUUUUGUCCAUUCGCAGGAAAUGUUGUUAUUUUCCUUUCAUCUCCCAAUUCCCACCAUGUGAUUUUCUCUGGUUCGAUGACAUUCUCCUCGUUCAUGUAAUCAAUCAAUGCCUUUCUUCGAUUCAUCCUCUCCAAUUCCCUUCUCUUCUUACCGUUUCUUUUUUUUUUACCUUUUCUUAGUGAUCUCCUUUCGUUUUUUCUUCUCCAUUGUUUAAUUUGAAGAAAUUGUGUCGAUUUUCCUGUCCCCGAAAACCCUUUUCAUUUUCCCGGAAAAUAUUCUUCAUUUGCCAUUAUUUUCCAUUUCCUUUACCGAAUUCUCAGUUUCCAUUUCCAAUUUUGGUUUUUUUUACGUAAUUCCUUCGUAAAAGUCGUUUUUGUUGUUGUUUUUCGAAUUUUUUAUAGUUUUAUAUAUUAAAAUGGAGAAGGACAAAUUACCAGGCUUACCGCCGACGGCAGGUAGAGUUUCGGGGUUAUCAUCUGCCGUAAAUGCUACGAACACUUCAAAUGCGAAACCCGAACCGGCGAAUUCCGGUCAAACUUCGGAUUCGAAUCGUUUCAGUCACGACAUAAGCAAAAUGCCUGAUAAUCCACCGAAAAACUUAGGCCACCGUCGUGCCCAUUCCGAAAUCAUAACUCUCCCGGAUGAUCUCAACUUCGACAGUGAUCUCGGCGUUUUUUCGGGGCCAACCGCAACAGACGGGCAUUCGUCCGACGAAACGGAGGAGGAAAUUUUGUCUACGUAUCUUGAUAUAAACAAGUUCAAUUCUUCUUCUGUCAUCUUGUCGUCUCAGGUCGGUAUGUUUUCAGCAACGGCGGCUCCGUCGGCUGCGGCGGGUACGGGAGGAGGGACGUGGACGUCGGGUGAGGAAAAUGCGAGUAAUGGUGUUGGGUCUUCUAGGAAGCCUAGAAGUAGGCACCAACAUAGCCUGUCGAUGGAUGGGUCGACAAGCAUUAAGCCGGAAAUGCUUGUGUCUGGUCUGGCGGAGGCUUCGCCGGCUGAGUCUAAGAAAGCAAUGUCCGCCGCUAAGCUUGCUGAGCUUGCUCUUGUUGACCCUAAGCGAGCUAAGAGGAUCUGGGCAAAUAGGCAGUCUGCUGCAAGGUCAAAGGAAAGAAAGAUACGAUAUAUAGCUGAGCUUGAGCGGAAAAUACAAACACUUGAAACAGAAGCAACCACACUCUCUGCUCAGCUGACUCUAUUACAGAGAGACUCCACUGGCCUGACUGCUGAAAAUAGUGAGUUGAAGCUGCGGUUGCAAACAAUGGAGCAACAGGUUUACUUGCAAGAUUCAUUGAAUGGUGCACUGAAAGAAGAAAUCCAGCGUCUAAAAGUGCUGACUUCUCAAUCCAUGUCAAAUGGUGGACCAAGGAUGAACUAUGCAUCUUUGGGAGGUAGUCAGCAACACUACCCGAAUAAUCAUGCUAUGCAGUCUCUUCUAACGGCGCAGCAAUUGCAGCAACUUCAGAUUCAGUCUCAAAAACAUCAGCAGCAUCAGAUCCCACCACAUCUACUGCAUCAACUUCAACAGCUACAACUGCAACAACAACAUCAUCAGGAGCAGCAACAGCAGACAAGAGAGAUGAGAGUUAGAGCAUCUAUGCUUUCACCAAACCGGAAAGAUGGUCCAUCAUCAGAUGUCAGCUCAACCGCAUCAAAUGAUUAGGAGUUAAAGGUCCUUAGGGCCAGGUAUUGAUGGGCCUUUUGCUUCCGGUUCAAAAACUUUUGGUUGCAAUCCGUUGUUAGACAGGACAACAUUUGUUCUUUCACAUCUAUCUCUUUAUAUUACAUUUAUU